CAUCUGUGUGAUUCACCAAGCAAAAAGCACUCAAUCUCAACCGAAGAAGACAAGAGCAGAGAGAGAGAGAAGAGAGAAAUGGCAACGACAACAACAGAAGCCACGAAGACAUCUACCAAUGGAGAAGAUGAGAAGCAAUCUCAGAAUCUCAGACACCAAGAAGUUGGUCACAAGAGUCUCUUGCAGAGCGACGAUCUCUACCAGUAUAUAUUGGAGACAAGUGUGUAUCCAAGGGAACCAGAAUCGAUGAAGGAACUCAGGGAAGUGACAGCAAAACAUCCCUGGAACAUAAUGACAACAUCAGCAGAUGAAGGACAGUUCUUGAACAUGCUCAUCAAGCUCGUUAACGCCAAGAACACAAUGGAGAUCGGUGUUUACACUGGUUACUCUCUUCUCGCCACCGCUCUUGCUCUCCCUGAAGACGGCAAAAUUCUUGCUAUGGACGUUAACAGAGAGAACUACGAAUUGGGUUUACCGAUCAUUGAGAAAGCUGGCGUUGCUCACAAGAUCGACUUCAGGGAAGGCCCUGCUCUUCCCGUUCUUGAUGAAAUCGUAGCUGACGAGAAGAACCAUGGAACAUAUGACUUUAUCUUUGUUGAUGCUGACAAGGAUAACUACAUCAACUACCAUAAACGUCUGAUCGAUCUUGUGAAAGUUGGAGGAGUGAUUGGCUACGACAACACUCUGUGGAACGGUUCGGUCGUGGCUCCUGCUGAUGCACCAAUGAGGAAGUACGUUCGUUACUACAGAGACUUUGUUCUUGAGCUCAACAAGGCUCUCGCUGCUGACCCUCGGAUUGAGAUCUGUAUGCUCCCUGUGGGUGAUGGAAUCACUAUCUGCCGUCGGAUCAGUUAAUUUGGACUUUGAGUAACUCCUCCAUACUCUGAAGCUUGUCCGCAGUGGAUUGUUACCUUUCCUUGUUCUACUACUUUUUCAAACGCAUUUUCUCACCAACCCUCUAAAAUGGACGUUUUAUGUAUUUGUUAAGCAAUAUUAUUAUCUCCAUUGUCGUUCUUGUUUUGCUUUCUUCUGAACAAAGAAAUAAUAAUGUACCUACCUCUUAUUCAUUUUUGGUUGUUUUGUU